AUGGCGGCCGUCGAGUACGAAUGGGUGACAUUCGAGAACGAGUUCUCAACCGCACCCACGAAGUAUCGCGGAAAGCCAACGGCAGAGCUGGAACAAGCCUGGGCGGAGCUCUGGAAGUACGGGGCGUUCCCCGUUGAUAUACACAAGCUCGGAGCUCUGAAUCAGUCAACUGAUAUGGACUGGCGGCGCGUCUCGCCGGGAGAUCCCAACAGUCCAACUGUCGGGCUGCUAGAGGGGUUCCAUCAAAUCCAUUGUUUAAAUCUUAUCCGGCAGUAUACAUAUCGCGAUGACUGGGACUACAGUAACGAGGCCUCGUGGCAUGGAGGCCCCGAGAUGGUUCGGUGGCAUGUGGACCAUUGCAUCGAGACUCUCCGGAUGAACUUGAUGUGCACUGCGGAUGUGACGCCAUAUCUCAUUUGGAAUGAUCCUGACGGGUUUAAUGGUGAGAGCCCGAGCUUUAAUACCUUGCACAAGUGCCGGAAGUGGGAGCCCAUCGUCAAGUGGGUCAAGGAACACGUCGUUUUCAAUGGGACAGCAAAGGAGAUGGAACAGGAAAAGACAGGAGGCAAACAUGAGCAUCAUGAGGGCGGUGGACAUGGACAGAAGCCUUGA